AAAGUUUAUUCACUCAUACCAGCAAACGUUCUGCAGCUCACGCCGCCAUCUCCACCACCGUCUGCGGCGGCGCAUCAUUCAACUUCUAUUGCAGUAUCUCAUCUUACUAACACAAACCCACGAAGAAAACAGCUCGUUAAUUUUCUUUUUCUUUUCUUCCGGCAACUUUUUUUCGGAUUUUGAGACUUCUAGAAAAAGAAAAAUGGGGUCGUCAAAUAUAAGAGAUGUUUUAACUUCGUUUAGUCCGAAUUUGGACUUGUUUGCCAUCACUCUCGGUGAUGGUCGAAUAAAGAUAUGGGACACCGGGAAGGGUCAGGUGCAGACUGAAUUUGCUGAUCUUGCUUCAACAGAGACGAUGAGUGUGUUUGGGAACCAGGAGGGAGGGCAUCUUUCUAUGGAUUAUACAUGUAUGAAGUGGUUUUCUCUGGAGAAAAAGAAGAAAAGGAAGCUCGGGAGUUCCCUGUUGUUGUUGGGGACUGGCGGUGGGGAUGUCCUCGCAUUGGAUGUUUCUGCUGGCCAGUUGAAAUGGAGGGUUAACAAUUGUCAUCCAGGGGGUGUCAGUGCUAUUUCAUUUCCUGCACAUGGCUCACACAUCUACACAGCGGGUGCAGAUGGAAUGGUUUGUGAGAUCGAAGCAAUGUCAGGGAACUUGUUAAAUAAGUUUAGCGCUGCUUCAAGGGCGAUAUCUUCUUUAGCUAUCUCCCCAGAUGGGAGAAUGGUAGCAACUGCGGCAUCUCAGUUAAAGAUUUUCAAUUCCUCAAACCACAAGAAGUUGCACAAAUUUUCUGGCCAUCCUGGAGCUGUGAGAUGCAUGAUUUUCUCAGAAGAUGGUAAGUAUGUGCUUUCUUCAGCUCAAGGAGAGCGGUAUAUUGCAGUUUGGGCAGUCGAUGGUAGCAAAAAGAAAUCUGUCUCCGUUGUCCUCGCGAUGGACCACCCUGCUGUAUUCUUGGAUAGCAAGUUUAUCAACACUGAUGAUGCGGAUAAUGCAAGUCUAUGUGUUUUGGCUAUAUCGGAAAUUGGUGUUUGCUAUUUUUGGCAUGGGAAGACUAUUGAUGAGCUGCAGAAUUCUAAACCAACGAAGAUAUCCGUACCUUCUGAUGAUGAAGUUCUACAGAAACAUAAGGGAGCAAUUCCUCAUGUAUUUGCUGGAAAGCUACAAAAUGUUUCUAAGUCUGCAUCUGGUCAUGUGUUCAUUGCUUACGGUUUGCUUAUGAAACCAACAUUCGAAAAAGUUAUGGUUCAGUCCGGGAUGGAUUUAAAUUUAAGUGUUUCACAAGAUGGUAUCCUGUUACCAAUCAGCAAAUCCCAAAAAUCUAGAAAAACAUCGCACAUCCAUAGUGAAGUUACUGCUCUGGAUCGCUCAAACAUAGAGGGCGCAUUGGGUCCCGUGCCUAAGAUGCUUGAUCUGGUUGAUGGAAAAAGUGAAACUAAGCCAGUAGGAGACAAAGAAAAAGAUGAGUUAGACUCUGUCACACUGUGCAUGGAGGAUCAGCUGAGAUCUUUAGGGAUACUCGGCAGUACAGAUGAUACAUUAAGCUUGAAAUUGUUCUCUAAAAACUUGAAGGGCAUCAAUCUUGAUGCAAGUACACCACAGAAAAAGAUGAAGGCUACUGUUUCGUCCUUGGAACCUAAUGAUGCAUUUGACUUUUUAAAGGGAUUGGUUGAUGUUUGGCAAUCCAGCUAUUCUUUUGCCAGAUCACACAGCAGCCAGCAUGUUCUCCCUUGGAUAUGUUGUAUAUUGGUCUAUCACAGUGGUUACAUCAAAUCUAAGGAACCAAAAUUUCUUGAUUCCUUGUACAAGCUUGCCAAAGCCAAAGCACCAGCAAUGAACUCGUUACUCCAGUUAUCUGGUCGUUUGCAACUUGUGUCAGCUCAGAUUGACAAGGCUGUAAACAACAAGAGUCUUGUACGUGAUGAUGAGCAAGAGGAUGAAAGUGAUGAAGAUGUUGAUGAAGAUGUUGAUGAAGUUGUUUAUGGAGUUGAUGAUGAUUCUCAGACAGGCAGUGAUAGUGAUGAUUAGACGUGUUUGUAAUAGAAAGUGUAAGCACUCCACCUCAAAUUUUGUCACCAUUGUAUUACGGAAUUCGACCAUUCAUAUUAAACAGUUUUGUUUUCUCAA